GGGCAAAAACACCCACAUCCUGUUUACGCUCCUCUUUACUGUACUUCGGUGGCAAAGCUCUGGCUUGGUUUGUAAUAAGUGUGUAAAAGGAAGACCCGGCUGAAAUGACACCGCCUGCGAUCUAAACACGACCUAAUCGUUUGAAAUAUAAGGAACUCUCCCUGUGGCCUUAGUUCCUGUCAGCACCACCAUGUCGUGCCGGGACAUCCACGCCACCAACGCUUUUGCCUUCAUCAUUGCCUUUGUGUCUGUGGGAGGGAUUGCUGUGGCAGCAUUAAUCCCACAGUGGCGUGUAACAAGACUGGUCACCUUCAAUCGUAAUGCCAAGAAUAUCAGCGUGUAUGAUGGGCUGUGGGCUAAAUGUGUGAAACAGGAUGGCUAUUCUGGAUGUUACUACUAUGAUUCAGAGUGGUACUCUAAAGUGGACCAGCUGGAUCUGCGGCUCCUGCAGUUCUGUCUUCCUACAGGCCUGAUGUUCGGCUCGCUGGCCUUGCUGCUGUGCAUGGCGGGAAUGUGUAAGACCUGCUGCUGCUCAGACAAGCCUGAACCAGACAUUAAGACCAUCAGAUUCCUGGUCAACAAUGCAGGCUGUCACCUGGUGGCUGGGACUUUUUUGUUCCUAGGUGGAGCUAUUGCCAUCGCACCCUCAGUGUGGUUUUUGUUCCGCACCAAGGAAAUGAACAUCAGAUAUGACAACAUUUUCUCCGAUGGCUUUGCUGUGUAUGUUUCAAUUGGCUGCUCUGGAGGGCUAAUGCUGGCCGCUCUUCUGAUGUUCAUGUGGUACUGUAUGUGUAAAAAGUUGCCUUCACCCUUCUGGUUGCCUCUGCCCUCCAUGCCUACCUCUCUGUCCACCCAGCCUCUCACUGCCAACGGAUAUCCUCCUUCCCCAGUUUAUGGUCCUCAGCCCUUCCCACCACAGACCUAUCCUCCCACAGUGAUCGACGCUCAGCCGUAUUUGGCCUCCCAGGGCUACGUGCAGAGUGUGGUCGCCCCUGCACCGCCACAGGUGUACAUGUCUCAGAUGUCUGUUCCAGAUGGGUAUGGUUCAGAGGUAGGAGGGACCCAGGCCUACAGCUACGCUCCCUCACAAAGUUACGCACCCUCGCAGAGCUACGCACCCUCGCAGAGUUACGCUCCAUCUCAGGGCUACACAUCCACCUACGCAGGCCACCGCUACUCCGCCCGCUCACGGAUGUCCGCAAUAGAGAUAGACAUUCCCGUGCUGACACAGGGACAGUAAGUGAAGAGAGGCUGAAAACGUCAGAACAUUGAAGGCUUCUGUCCAUGAACCUCCAUGAAGUUCACCACUGAUAAACUAAUAGAGUAUGAAAGAUGGAAGUUAAUAAAACGAGCUAUUUACAGCCCCUAGAGCGAUUCAGUCAGUCAAUCCAGGUCUGUAAAUGGCUAAUUAUAGAGGAUGAAACCGAGUCAAAAGAAGCCUGGGGUUACUAUGUGAAGGAUGGGAUUAACUUAAAAAUGAAGAUCACUAAAUCGCUAGUGCAAACAACACUGUAUUCAGCUUACUAUUGUAGAAAGGGAAGAAAAUAGACGUAUUUCCAGCCGAUUUUACUGACCGACACCUCAACCAAUAGCCUUUUUCACUGUUUUACCAGCAGAGUAGGACCACUAAACAAUAGCUCCUAACUUGCUUAAGUGGCCAGCAGACCAACUUACUGGCUACAAGCAAAUAGUUACUAGCAUUCUGUAUGUGGCUGAAUAUUAAAAUUCACUGAGGAUGCUGCCAAAUAUCUAGUAAUAACUAGUCAGCAAAAUUAUAUUUUUCUGUUACAUUUGCUUAUGUUGGACACAUUAUAUUGAUCCUGAAAUGACUUGUCACUUUUGCUGCGCUAAGCUUAUAGUAUGAAAGUCUUGUGUUAUCACUACUGAACAUAACUUUAAAAUCUGUGGUUCUGUAUGAACAGCUACUAACUGACUCGCCUGUUUGUAUCUUUUGUUUGUUGUGUAACAUGAAUUGUUAUUAUUGUCACAUUGCCCUGUGAAGAGCAACUGCUGAAGUUUUUAAUGCACUAAUUAUGUGAAUAUUGUGCCAGUUUACAUUGCCUUUUGUUCACUGACUUUGUUACAGCCUUGAGCAUUUUCUAACAUAUUACUUAAUCAUUUAUUGUAACAUACAUUUCAGAAGUGUUAUUGUAAAUUAAAAAACAUGGCACUAAUAAUUUUCUUAGCGGAGUAAAAUGUAAUGUACAGAUGCAGAUUUUAAUCCCUGUUGAAUUACAUUUGAACUAUCAACCGUAAUGUUAAGAACAUUAACAGAAUGAGAGUGCGGUCCAUCUGCACUCAACAUGUCCGCCGAUGAUUAAAACUUGCCAACUACGCUGGAAGUGUAACGUUCAGUUGUGUUAGUACUUGUGAUUAAGCCAAUUUUAACGUACAGUUAAAUUCUCGCCUUUCUUAGUCUUGUCUUCAAGAUGUUAUUCUACAAUGUUGAGAUCAAAUGUUUUUCUACCCUCUUUUUGUUUUUAUUAAAACAUAAAUCACAACGUC